GAAGGACUCGCUUCGCCGCGUGGAUCGACUGAUACACCGUCCUCCUCCUUGGGGAUGAAGAGACCUGGUUCAUUGAGCGAUGGACCGAAUGCAAGGAGCAAGAGCGUCACCGUAGCUGACGGGGAUGAAACCUUUGGUGCCCUCAACUGUCACCCUGCUGUUGCUUCCCCUUCCAAAACUAGCUCUCGCAAAGGAUCGCCCACUGCCUCAUCUCCUACUGUCAAACCAUCCUUUCGCGUCGGGGUCAGCGAAGAUCGGAACAAACGAUGCAGACGAACCAUGGAGGAUGCUCACUCGUUUGUGUACGAUUACGCUGGGAUCAAGGGACAGGGAUACUUUGCAGUGUUUGACGGCCAUGCCGGCAAGCAUGCGGCUGAGUGGUGCGGUCAGAACUUCCACGAGUACCUUCUCGAUUGUCUUCUCGCGUAUCCGGACCAAUCCAUCCCUGAUCUCCUCAACAAAACAUUCAACGUCGUCGACACUCGUCUAUCCCAGCUCUCUCAAGCUGGUUAUACCCAAUCAGGAUGUACAGCCGUCACUGCAUUCCUCAGAAUCGAGCAGAUCUCCGACCAUGAGCCAAAGGGCUUUACCAAUCCAGGGUUCGUACCUCGGGGCCUGUUGAGCUCGGCGGCAAGUCAAGAAGAAUUGGAACUGCAGACAUCCGCCGCGUCGUCCCGGCGGACUAGUGCCAGUGCAAGUCCUUCCAGCCCUGAUUUGGGUCGAAAAUCCUCGGGGAAACGAUUGAGAGAUUUCGUCAAGGGUCUCACGAGUGGAUCGAGCGAUAAAAAGGAUGAGGAUGAACCGGAAGAAGUUCACGCUGCUCCUGUUCCUGGUACACCACCACAAGUCGAGGCCAUCGAGCCAAAGUCGGAUCUACAGACGAGGAAGGUGUUGUACACUGCCAAUGUAGGCGAUGCGAGGGCAGUCCUUUGCCGCGGAGGUAAAGCUGUCAGAUUGACAUAUGACCAUAAAGGUAGUGAUACGCAAGAGGCAAAGCGGAUCACAGAUGCUGGAGGCUUUGUCAUGAACAACCGAGUCAAUGGCGUCCUGGCCGUCACCCGAUCCCUUGGAGACGCUUCGAUGAAGGAAUUUGUCGUCGGAGCGCCAUAUACCACUGAGACGACCCUCGACGAUCAAGACGAGUUUUUGAUUGUGGCGUGCGAUGGACUCUGGGAUGUAUGUGAAGACCAAGACGCUGUGGACAUCAUUCGAUCUGUUCAAGAUCCUCAGGAAGCAUCGCGAAGAUUGCUCGACCACGCCAUCACCAACCUUUCCACUGAUAACCUGAGUGUCAUGGUGAUCCGCUUCUAUCCCGCUUAG